AUGCAGCCCGCAGGCCGGGCAGCCGUCAGGGAGGCGGCAGGCCGUGACGUGCUGGCCGCCGACCUGCGCUUCAGCUUCUUCGCCUAGGCCCUGCGGAGCUACAAGCGCGACUCCGUCCUGCGGCCCUUCCCCGCGUCCUGUGCCCGCCACGACUGCAAGGACUUCAAGGCCCUGCUUGCAGAUGCCAGCAAGUUACCUAACCUGAAAGAACUUCUCCAGUCUUCAGGAGAAAAAGACCCAUGGGCCUGGGACCUGAUGAGCUGGAUUUUAUCCUCAAAGGUCCUGACAAUCCACAGUGCAGGGAAAUCAGAGUUUGAAAAGAUCCAAAAGCUGACUGGUACCCCUCACACGCCUGUCCCCGUGCCGGACUUCCUGUUUGAAGUCGAGUACUCCGACCCAGCCAACGCCAAAUUUUAUGAGACCAAAGGAGAACGCGACCUCAUCUACGCCUUCCACGGGAGCCGCCUAGAAAACUUCCAUUCCAUCAUCCACAAUGGCCUGCACUGCCACCUGAACAAGAUAUCCUUGUUUGGGGAAGGGACCUACCUCACCAGUGACCUGAGCCUGGCCCUCAUUUAUAGCCCCCAUGGCCACGGGUGGCAGCACAGUCUCCUUGGCCCCAUCCUUAGCUGCGUGGCCAUGUGCGAGGUCAUUGACCAUCCAGACGUCAAGUGCCAAACGAAGAAGAAGGAUUCCAAGGAGACAGAUCGCAGGAGAGCGAGAAUCAAGCACAGUGAAGGGGGUGAUGUCCCUCCAAAGUACUUUGUGGUCACCAAUAACCAGCUCUUGCGUGUGAGGUACCUGCUGGUGUAUUCACAGAAGCAGCCCAACAGGGCUUCCAGCCAGCUCUCCUGGGUCUCCAGCCAUUGGUUUAUGGUCAUGAUCACCCUGUAUCUGCUGCUGCUGCUCACAGUGACUGUCAUCAACUCCUCAGCUUUCCAACACUUUUGGAAUCGUGCGAAGAGAUAAUCUUUCUGGGCCUGGUGUGGGGGCCACCUCGAUCCCGUGCCUUAUGAUAACUCGUUCUGUACCUCCUGUGCCCCUCAUCCAGCCAGGUCAAGCCUGGGGGCCACUUGGGGACCACAGAACAAUUUUCAUAUGCCAUAAAUGUAUCAAUUGCCUUUGACGAUGCUCUCCGCCACUCUUGUCGACGGAGGGCACUGGCCCCUCUUAGCUUUUGGGGGAGGUUUCCUGUCUGUUCCUUCCUAAACAGUCUGAGGGAGUUGGCUUUUUUGCCAGGGCCAAAGGAGAAAGUCCUGCUGCAUUUGAAAACAACGUGUCCAGGCUGUCUGUGGGGUGUUUACAAUUGCUUCUGGUGGACAUCGGCCUUUCUCUAAUGCCUUCUUGGAAGGCAGAAAAUGUGUAGUGGGGACUAUAAAUCACUAGGCAGUUGCCUUGUUUUGACUUGAGACACCCAAGAGGAACAGUCCUGUUUCUCAUAAAACUCGGUGGGAUCAUUUUGAAUUCCAUCAGCCUUUGUAUGCGAGUGCAAAACACUCUUUACAGUUUUCUCACAUCAACAAAUA